CACUUACCACCACUUGCUUCAGUUCCCAUCAUUUAGAUGGUUGAGCAAUCUUUACCGGCUGUGAGCGCAACUACUGUCCGGUAUAAAAGGAUGUGGAAGCUUCCGGAACCCCUUACCAGUGGCGUGACGAAUCAAAGUGCUGAACAGUGGAAAACAGUGACAUGAAGAACAAAGUGUCCCUCGACUCUAUCAUCUCGAUCAUCGAGAUGAACGUCAAGUUCUACCGGCUGCUCGGUUUGGCACCGUUCGAGCUGAACACGAGCCGCGUCCGGCUGUCGAAACCGUUCUGUUGCGCCGUCGGCGGUUUCGUGACGCUCUACUGGACCGCAAUGGUGUCGUCGAUCGCGACCAGCAACCACGCGAACGAUCGCAUCUCGCGCAUCUCCAACUACUUUCAGCUCAUCACGAACGCGAUCAUGCUGACGGCGAUCCUGCUAAUGCCCGCCUUCCGGUUGCGCAACUUUGCCGAGGUGACGCGCGCGUUGCGCAAGCUCGAGCAGGAUCUGCAGCAGGACGCGAUCCCGACCAACUGCCGGCAGAUGGCACGGUGGAACAUUGGCAUCGUGGUCGUUACGGUGACGGUGCUGCUGCUGGCGACCGCCUUUGACUGCUACGUGACGGUUUUUCGUGGCUUUAUUCGGGUGGACUACUGGAUCAUUACGAUACUGCCACAGUUUGUGAAUGUGAUUGCGGUGACGCAGGUCGUGCUGCUGCUGCUGUACAUAAAUGCGCGCUUUCGGAAGCUUAAUCAGCUGCUGGAGGAGGAACAGCAUCCGGUGGUGGGCAGGAAGCGGUUCGAGCGGGCGAGCCGGCUGGCCGGAAACAUGCCGGCGAACGAGCCGAAGAAGAUGAGCCUGCACGUGAUCGAGGUGCACGGGUGUGGCAUUGAUGCGGCGAACCUGAAGCAUCUGCAGCUGCCGAAGGUGCUGUACCGGUAUAAUGAUCUGUACGAUAUCUGCAAGCUGCUCGAUCGGUACUUUGGGCUGCUGUUUCUGCUGACCUUUACGUCGAUCUUUAUCGUGACGACGAUCCAGCUGUACUACAGCUACACGAUACUGUACUGGUUUACGGGCGAGAACGGGUUUACGAUCUGGUCGCUGAUGGUGUGCCUGAACACGAUCUCGAUCAAUCUCGGCGUGCUGCUGACGAUCGUGCUGCUGUGCGAGAAGAUUUCGAACAAGACGAAGCACGCGAACGAUCUGCUGGCGGACCUGCAGCUGCGUGGCUCGCGGUACAUGUCGUCGGAGGAAGUCAUCAAACUGACGGUUCCGUUCCAAGCGCCCAACAAGGUGUUCAAGUUCUCAGCGAUGGGCUUUUUCCAGAUCGAUUGCAACAUGCUGUGUGGGAUGAUUGGAGCAAUCACGACCUAUUUGGUAAUCUACAUCCAGUUCUACAUCCUGUACGCGGAUGAGGUGAAGAAGUCAUCGUUCGUGUCUCGGUUCCAGAUUUGAAGCAAACGGUGCGACCGUUUGUGUAGAUUGUCUCGUUUGGUACCAUCUUUGGUGACGCUUUUUCUUCUGCUGCAUGGCUUUUUCUCUAGUUGAUGUUUAUCUUAUUGAAGAAUACAACAUUUCCUUCUUGUCACUGUGUUUUGUUGUUGAUAAAUGUGCUGAAUUCCAAAAUUAUUAUCCAAAUUACACUCUCAACAUUCCCGUUGCAACGCUGCUCGUGCAACGGUCAGUUUGAAAUGGCAGACUGCAAACGAGCUGUCAAAGGGUUUCCGCGAAUCUC